AUGGCUUCUUCAAACCAGUCUGCCAAAGAAUAUGUUCAAAAUGCCCGAAUACACCUGGUUGGACAUCUGUACAACCUGCCUCUUAUUGUUGAAAAACUUCACCAGCAGGGUGUUGUCAAUGCUAAUGAAGUUAGCGAAAUUGAGGAAGAACCCGAAAAGUAUAACAAAACAAGGAACAUACUGGACUCGGUCUUGAAAAAAGGUGAGAAGGCCUGCUAUCAGUUUCUCAAAAUACUGGAUCUCGAGAGGAAAUCUGUCUUACCAAAGAUAGACCCCGUUAGCCAGGCAUUUGAUUUCCACACCUGGAUCAACUUGUUCUCAUUUAGAGAUGAACCUGAUGGUGAUUAUGUUCAAGUUUUGGACACAGACACAGAGAAGAAUAAUUUACUUAAUAAACUCAAACUCAAAAGUAAGAAAUCAAAGAAACCACGUUCAAAAAAGAUGAGGGCCUACAUUCCUAAAGACACAGACAGAAAGUCACCAGAAGAUUUGCUUAACAGCAAAGAGAAAAACAUCCUACUAGUAGGAAAACCUGGAAUUGGGAAGACAACCGUUCUUCAACAAAUGCUGUUUCACUGGGCAGAAGGACGUGAUGGACAGCUUGACUUUCUGUUUUAUUUGGAUGAAAACACACUGUCGAGUACAUCAACCACUGCAAGCUUGGAGAAUCUUCUGCUUGGCUCAUUCCUAAUGUCUAAUCCAAAACUACGAGACAAUGUUGAAGAAAUUUCUGACUAUCUUCAAGAAUAUUCUGAAAAAGUCACCCUGAUUGUUGAUGGAAUCAAAGACUUCAAUGAGAAUUCAAUUUUAAAAAGGAUCAUGAAUCAUGACCUUCUGCCUGAUGCAAAGAUUGUUGCAACGUGCAGGCCAGAAGCGGAGGACGAUUUCUCCGACUGGCCCACAUGCAAAGUAUAUGUGCAAGGUUUCAGUGAAGAGUCCAUUUAUGAUUUCUUUAAACAAAUGCCAGAUCAUAAUCCUGACUUGUUCAACAAUGUGGUGAACAAUCCUGCACUAUUCAGUCUCUGUCACGUCCCAAUGUAUGCUUUCAUGGUGGUGGCUUGUUUUUCACACUAUGCAGCUGAAGGAGUGAACAAACAAUGUACAGUUAGUGAGCUGUACCUGAGAAUCUUUCGUCACUGUGUACAGAAACACGGACAUAAGAAGCUGAGACAGUUGAAUAGAUACAUUACUGACUGCAGAGACGUGCUCUUACUUUUGGCAGAAAGUGCUUUCAGUGCAACCAAAGGAAAAACUAUUAACUUUGAGUUUGAUUAUGAUGAGGAUAGUAUUGCUAGUAUCUUUAUCAGGUCUUUGUCUGAUGGAUCACCAGCAGUUUCCAGAACAUUCUGUGCAUUUCUUCAUAACACCAUGCAGGAAUUCUUCUCUGCUUUGUGGCUUCUGAAAAAAUCUCAAGAACUUGAUCAUGUUCUCCAGCUGUGUCAGACUGAAGAAUAUAAACACAUAAAACAAGUGAUUUCUUUCCUCUGUGGGCUUCAAUCAGAAACCAGUAUCCCUCUUCUGAAGUGUCUCUUGCCAACAAACAGGGGGAGAGAAACAUUUCAUGGUUUUUUUGAGAAGUUCCUGAACACUUUCCUUCCUGAUGGAUCAGAUGGAGAAAACACUGAUAUUGCCUUUAUAUGUCAGUGUCUGUUUGAACUUCAGUCACCUGAAGCGUGCUGCUCAUUUCUGGAGAGAACAGACUAUUAUCUAGAUUUGAGCAAUGAACAUCUUGACCCUUAUAUAUGUUGUGCAGUGUCUUUUGUAAUCAGCCAAUCGAGCAACAGACGAGUGCAGCUUGACUUGGAGAACAGUGUUGUGUCUUUCACAGGUCUGAAGACACUUUUUGAACAUUCCAGAGAAUUAAGUUUUACCUCUAAGCCAGGAGAAUCUUCUGAUGAAUGUGAGAAGAGAUGUAGAUCAUUUAAACUGGAUUUGUGUCUGCAAGCAGCUCUACACCAAACAGAACCCAUCCAGACCACAGUGGAGAAAAUCUUUCCACAUCUAGAUAAUAAUAAAAAGUGUGAAUUACUGUUGGAUCUGUACUCACAUAUAAAGCAGUAUGAGAUUAAAACAGGCAGUAAAAUCCUACAAGCUCUGCUGACAGUUUACCAGUCAGUACCUGCAGUCUGGUACAUAAACCUCUCAAAGAGAAAAGCCUCAGUCCUCCUAGAAGUGCUGAAACUCCAACCAGAGAAGAAACCAGUGGAGCUGAGAGGAUGUUCAGAUGAAGAGAGUGAAGUGAGGAGUUUCAUUCAAUGUUUGCCCUACAUCUCACACUUGGUAUAUAGGUAA